CAUCCAUUCUUCUUUCAUCAUCGUCCUUGGUUCACCCGCAGCUCGCGCAUAGACGCUGAGCAACAGAUCGCUGCCCGAAUCUACCAGUCACCAUGCCCGCCCUCAACGGUCACGCCCACGCAAACGGCAGCGUCGUCAAGCCACGUACGGCCGUCGUAGUAGAAGACUACAUCGACGACCCUCUCAAUGGCAGCAGCCUGUCAUCAGCAAAGCGGGUCAUCUCCCGCGACACGACUUCCUCAAGCGACACGAUCCAGCCUCCAGGCGCGAGUAUGUCCCCCUCUUCCUCAUCAUCAUUACAGCAUUCCCCACCGCUGCCUUUGCAGAGAGACGGAGGCUAUGCGAGUCGAAGAGAGUACUCGGACUCGUCUAGUACGACCAUGGGCGGGUUGGGAUCGCCCUUUGGGGAGGACAGCGAAACAGGACAUGGAGGCGAGAAUGGGAUCAGUAUGUUAUCCCAGGAUGGCUGGAUGGCGCACGCUAGCACGGAGAGGUUAACGGAGCAGAGAGAUGGCAGCAAGGCGGGUGGUAGGAAUGGUCAUGCGUACGGAGCAACACCUUCCAGCUACAAGAGGAUGAGCUCGCAGAGCACGUCUACUGCUUCGUCUUCGGCUGGCCCUGGGAUGGUUUCGUCGUCGCUGAGGAGAGGAGGAGGUAGGGAAGAAGACGAAGAGGGGGAUGACGAGGCAAAGCAGGUUGAGCAGAAUCUCGAGCGCUGGGCUGCAGCAGAGCGACAAAGACGCAAAGCAGCCCGGUCAUCACGGACCAACUCCCUCCUAGGUCCACCGGCAGACUCUGCUACCACUAGCUUGGCGCGCAGAUUGUCCUCCUUCGGACGCCGCACGCCCAGCGGUCCCACCACAGGCUUGACCGCCGGCAGCAAUGGGCGAAGUGGCUACGACAACGACGGAUCAUCCUCAUCGGCGGAGAAUCUGCGACGAUUCAGUGCAACGCAGAGCUUCUCGAGUGCGGAGAGUUACUUGACCGAAGGAAGUAGUGUCGAUUCCAGCAUCGGCAGUCAGAGGGGUCGCAGAACUGCAGCGGCAAUGGCAACAGGGGCGGAUCGCAAGGGCAAAGCGCGGGCGCUUGACCACGAGGACGGCGAGGGAGGGGAUAUGGGAAGCCCGUUCUCCGAUCCCUCGGAGGGGAGACGAGGAUCCGCAGGCGCAGACGACGCUGCCGCUGCAGUUGCGAGGCGACGCUCGGUCAAGCCUACCGCGACGCGCCCCAUUGUUACGCCAGGCCGGGCACCGAGCAUCAGGCGCACCCCCGCAGGUACGCCGAGCAUCAUCGUUGCCACAGACGUGGAUGCAAGCAAAGGCGCAAAUGAAGCCAGCAGCAGCAGUGCUUCGCCAUCCUCAGCAGGAGGCGCCGGCCCCACGAAUCCCUUCCUCACAUCAAACGAAGCUGCCUCCGCCAACGGGGGCAACUAUCCGCUCACGGCAAUCAGCGAAACAGAUCAGGAUGAAGACGACGGAGCAGAGACGACUGGCUCUUCCUCACGCACCCCCAAAACUUCUUCAUCGGGUGCAACUGCCCGCCCUCCUCCAUUUGCACGCAGUGCUACCUCCGACACGAUAUCGACCGUCACAACCUUGCAGCCUAGCAGCUCGAGCAGGAUGUCCAUGUCCAAGUUCAGGGAGAUUGGGCUGGAUGACGAGGAGGGAAGCGAUGCGUCGGAUGAUGAGUACGAAGCACGGGGAGGGGACAGCGAGGAAAGACGUCGACGUCGCCAGAUCAAGAGUCAAGUACUCGAAGAGGACGAUGUUCCUCCGGUGUCCUCCCUCUCCUACGGCGGUGGCGAUCGCCAAUCCAUCUCGCCAGCUCAGCGUGCCCGCUCGCAGCGACGCCGAGACAUCGAAGCCGAGCGCGAGGCGGAGGAGGACCGUCAGAGGAUCAGGGAGGGCAAGGGCCGACAACCUUGGUGGACAGAGUGGAUUUGUGGGUGUGGGAGGGUCGUCGAUGAGGAUAACGAGCAGACGGGCAAGACUGGGCCUGAGUAGGCGGACAGGGAGGGGUGGAGAGAGGGCAGGUUCGCAUGACCGAUCAUCACCAUGUUGCUUUCACGAUCAUCGAACGACGCAUCUUGCUCAUCUACUGUGCGGGGACGGUGGUAACGCUGCAAGUGAGCUCAUCGACUUCGAAGGCGGCAGAGUAGAUCAUUCAGGCCUGAAAGAGACGCG